AUGAAGCAGGACAAUGAAAGAGGAGGAUAUUUUAAUCAUACGUCUAACUUCAAUGUAUCCACUUUACUUGGUGAAGACAUGGAAACAAGUCGAAACAAGUCUAACCAUGCAACAAUACAUAAUUCUACAAUACUGGAAAAUAAUAAUCAUGAAAAAGACAUGAAUCCUGUUCACCGAAGUGAAAUUUUCACGACAGACGGUGCAAAUCAACCUAAAAAUACUUCUAGCAUUCCAUGUGUAACUAGUCAAAAUAAUUUACGUCAAGAAGUCAACAAUUCUUCUACAUCUGUGUCAUCUGUAUCGUCUACACACACUAACGCUUUCCAUUCCAACGCGUUUUAUAACACAUACGAUGAUAAUCUUAGUGACAAUAAACCGGUAAAUCUAAGUCUUCCUGUUGGAAGUGUGUCGACAAUAGGAAAUGAUUAUUCACACUUACCUGUAAACACAUUCAAUGAUAUAUAUACAGAUUAUAAUGGAUUAGUGAUGAGGAUUAAUGAAUACUUACAACAAGUAAGUCCAAUGACGCAUUUGUUCUCUCAAUGGCUAUUCACUCACCUCUUAUCCUCCGAUAUGAAUUCAUCACAAUCAAUCGAUAACAACAGUCAUGUAUUGAAUCCUAUGAAUGAAAUGACCACAACUGAUUGGAACAGCAUGUCUACCAAUGAUACUUAUAGUGAAAAUAAUAUUCAAGAAUUGAACAGUAACACUAUCCCUAAUCGAUCAAAUUCUUGCAUUAAUGAAUAUUCAAGUCUAUUAACAUCUGAUCCUCAGUUGUUUAAUACAUGUGCAGAGGAAUCAAAAUCUUUGUUGUCUAAAUCAUCAUUAUCGAAGAAUUUGCAGACACAGGAUUCUUUACUGGUAACACAAAGACGUAAUAUGCAGCAUAGAGCAGUAUUUUCAGAUGUACAACGUCGAGGAUUGGAAUCUGCUUUUCGUAAACAUGCUUAUAUUACUAAACCUGAUAGAAAGUUAUUAGCUGAGCAUUUAGGACUAAGAGAUGCUCAAGUAAAAAUUUGGUUUCAAAAUCGACGAAUGAAAUGGCGUAAUUUAAGACAGAAUUGUAAAAAUCCCUCUGUAAAUACAACUUAUUAUUAUCAUUGUCAAUAUGAAAAAAGACGGAAAUCAAGUACAAAAAAACUAGAAAAAUCGUGUUUCAGUAAUUUAUGUUUGAAUAAACAAUUAAAUCUCACAUGUAAUAAUAAUAAUAAUAACAGCAACAAUGAUUCAUCAAUACUUUCAACUGAAUCAGAAACCGAUUGUAUGGAUCAAGGAAACAGUGUCUCACAUCAACUUGCAAAUAUUCAGUCAACAAUACCAACAGUUAUCAGAACAAAGUAAAGAUUUGUCCAUUCAAAUUGUUUUUAUUUUUCAUUAGGAAAGAAAAUGAGGUAAAUCGAUAAAUCAGAUAAAUCAAUAUUUAGGUACAUUUAUUUGAAUAAUAAUAAUUAUCACUUUUAAACAUU